GGCUCCAUGGUUUUGAUACCCGGAGAGGUUCUUUUGACCUUAGACAUUUAAUACCUAUCAAGAACCAUAGCCCUGUUGCAUGUUCACACGCCAAAUCAGUCUGUCUGUCCGCACCCCUGGCUUAUCGUUUUCGAAGAGUACAACGCAGCCUGCCCAUCCCACCGGGUGACGAGGAGGAAACCGCCACAAUGGCCGAGAUCGACCCGUCCAUGUUCCCGCCGGAUUGGGACCAGGACGACAUCAACGACGCCAUCGCCAACUACUACUAUUCGUGCACCCAUGUCACGGCCACCUGCCCCGUCGAGGCCACCACGCUCGGGUACCACCCAAACAGGGGGAUCAACAUAUUUAUGGCCAUUGGGUUUGCCGUAGCGACGGUGACCGCCCUGGUGCUGGGGAUCCGGAAGAAGACGUGGAGUUACACGGCUUUUAUCGCAGCCGGGUGCGCAUUGGAACUCGCAGGCUACGGCGCGCGCAUCCCGCUGACGGACAACCCGUGGAACAAGCACGCGUUCGAGACGCAGAUCGUCGCCAUCAUCCUGGCCCCGACCCUCAUCUGCAUCUCCAUCUACCUGACCCUCAAGCACGUCUGCCUGGCCCUCAACCCGGCCCUCUCGCGCGUCCGCCCCCACCUGUACCCUUUCAUCUUCGUGCCCCUCGACGUCUCCUGCCUCCUCGUCCAGGCCAUCGGCGGCGCCCUCGCCGCGAGCGCGGCCACGACGAAUUUCAAGAUGGUGCAGCAUGGGAAUCGCUGCAUCAUUGCCGGGAUCGUGCUGCAGGUGGUGGUGCUGAGCUUUUUUGGGACGUCGGCGGGGGAUUAUUAUUUGAGGGUUAAGAAGUGGAUCAACUCUCCGGAGGCAGACCCGGAGGCUGUUGCGUUGUGGCGUGAUAAGAAGUUCAGGAUGUUUGUGUACGCUGUGACAGGGGCGUAUAGCGGUAUCUUGAUCCGCUGUAUCUAUCGUAUCGCGGAAAUGGCUGGCGGUUGGGGCAACCAUAUCAUGCAGGACGAGCCGUCGUUUAUUGUGCUGGAAGGAUUCAUGGUCCUCAUUCCUUGCCUUCUCCUGGCUAUCUUUGCACCUGGCUACCUGUUCCCGCAAAUGGCGGCCCGCAUGUCUGCCACCGGCCGGGUAGGGCUAAAGCGCAAAGAUGGCGAACAGACGGACGCCGAGAAACAGUCGCAGCCCGGUGCCCUUGGGGGUCAGCAGCCCACCACCAGCGGAGACGAAUCGGCCGUCGGUGAACAACGGGCGAAGGAAGACCCAGUACCGUCGAUGCCAGCGGAAGAGUCCAAGGGCAGGGAGGCGAGCUGAAAAGGGGAUGUGUUUAUUUUGGUGGUUCUUAUUUUGGCUCCUCCAGGGGCAUCAAGUUCUAUGUUAUAAUAAACAACGAUCUUGAGAAAUGUCGGUGAUAAGUUCGGCCCUUGGCGUUUAAUAAGUACCAGCAUUAAAGAUUAA